CCGACCAGCGCAUACGCACCCGAUUUGACCGUUCCAAUUCAUUAUUAACGACACAUCCAUCAUCUCCUGCUCUAUCUAUCUCUCCGUUCCUCGCAAUCGUGUGAAUAUAAGUAUAUAACCAAAAAUCAGUUUGAUUUUCUCUUUUUUGUAUUCAUGGUAUUUACGGGUAAUCACUGAAGGUUAGUGUUUCAAUUUGCCUUUGUUUUUCUGUUGCAAAAUAGUAUCAUGGCCGAUAUUAUAUCGAAUUUUGCCGGAAAAUUUGUAGUCUUGAAUGGGUUAUCUUGUCGUUCAUGUAUACAGAACCAGGAUAAUAGAGUUGAAUGUUGUGUAUUUAUGAAUUCAAGUAGUUGUAAUUUUAAAAAGCGGAGUAAAUUGCAUGAAAUUAAUAGUAGAAUUGCAUAUAGUAAGGCUAAUUUUAAGGAGAUAGGAGCAAGUUUGUGUGAUACUAGUUUGCUUAAUGGGUUCGUGAAACGGCGAAAAUCCGUCAAUUUUGAGGUUAUGGUUGCUAGUAUUGAACACGGGUUGGUUUCUCAACAAGGAGGGAUUGAAUUUAGUGAGGAUGAAGGCAAAGGGCAAACGCAGUCUUGUCGAAAUGUGGAUUGUAGGAGUUCUGAUGGUAAUCCAUUGGGUUCGGAAGGGGACGAAAUGAAAUUGUAUUACCUAGAGGAAAGGGAUAAAGGGGAAUUGUCUAAACGGAUUUUGGUUCUUUGCCGGACCAAUAAACGAAAGGGUGCUUUGCAAUUGUUUAGGUCGAUGGAGUUUGCUGGACUACUUCCUGAAAUACAUGCGUGUAAUUCUCUAUUAGCUUGUUUUUCGAGGACUUAUAUGUUUGAUGAUAUGCUGAGAGUGUUUGCAGUCAUGAGGCGUGACAAUAUAAUUUCGGGGCAUUCUUGUAGCUUAGUUUUGAAAGCAGUUGCAAAUUGUCAUGGUACUGAUAAAGCCUUGCAAAUGUUUAAAGAAUGGGAGUAUGAUAAUCAGAUGAACAUAUGUUUUGAUUCAAUUGUUUAUAAUACUAUGAUUUCUAUUUGUGGCAAGGAGAAUAAAUGGGUUCAAAUGGAAAGGAUAUGGAAAACUAGCAAGGAAAAUGGGGAUAUUGGGACUGCAGUUACUUAUCGUAUACUUGUUUGCACCUUUGUUCGCUGUGGUCAGUAUGAGAUGGCUAUGGAAGCCUAUGCUGAAAUGCUUCGGAAUGGAUUAAAACCUUGUUGUGAUGUAAUGCAUGCCAUCAUAGGUGCUUACUCAAAAGAGGACAAGUGGGAUUUAGCUUUCAGUGUUUUCCAAAGUAUGUUCAAGUGUGGAUUGAAGCCAAAUUUAAUUGCUUGUAAUUCCUUGAUAAACUCACUAGGGAAAGCUGGUAAGCUAACAGAAGCGUUCAACGUUUAUAAGCAUAUAAAAUCCUUGGGUCAUACACCUGAUUCCUACACAUGGAAUGCCAUGCUUGCUGCUUUCUAUAGAGCCAACCAAUAUGCAAAUGCUCUUCGGUUCUUUGCUAGCAUACAAAAGGAUUUGAGUUUUGAACCAAAUUUACAGUUAUACAACACUGCUUUAAUGUGUUGCCAGAGGCUUGGAUUUUGGGAUAAAGCUCUCCGGUUUCUUUGGAAAAUGGAAAAUUCCGGAAUAUUGGUUUCCACUUCAUCGUACAAUAUAGUUAUUGGUGCUUGUGAGGUUGCUAGAAAGCCAAAAAUUGCGUUACAAGUUUAUGAGCACAUGGUUCAUCAGAAGAGUGUGCUGUGUGCCCCAGACACCUUCACUCGUCUGUCACUAAUCAGAAGCUGCAUUUGGGGGGAUCUGUGGGAUGAGGUGGAGGACAUUCUGGAUAAGGCAUCUCCUAAUGUGUCUCUUUAUAAUGCUGCAAUUCAUGGAAUGUGUCUUAGAGGGAGGAUUGAUUCAGCCAAGAGGAUAUACAUGAAAAUGCGAGACACUGGCCUUGUACCUGAUGGAAAGACAAGGGCAUUGAUGCUUCAAUAUAUGCAACGUGUCAACUCGAGACUGUUAGAAAAGAGCAGAUUGCAAAUUUCAAUGCUUUCAAUUUAUUAAUAAAUCGCUGCUUUAAAGGCCUGCGGUACUCACAAAAAGACAACGAAGGGGAAGGAGAAACUAGAAGAAACAGCCAAUGAGUGAAACUGAUCGAAGUAGUUAAUGAAGGGUGUCUUCAAAUGAAGGUUGUAUGGUAUGAAGUGGUAGCUUGUGAGCUGCAGGUUUCUUCAGAAAAGAAUGCAGAAGUCUAUAGAAAGUUGAUGGUGAUGUUCUAGUAGGUGAAGACCUGGAUUAUUCUUUGUUGUCAAAAUUCACAAAGCUAUUUACUUGACUCGAGCACCAGAAAGUGGUGAAUACUCUGAAGUCUGAAUCUCUGACUGAUAUGAUCUUGGCCUUGAGUUUGGACCAAACCUACUCUAACCCACAUCAUUGACGAGUGAGUCAGCUGCUCUUAGUAUGGCAACGAGGUCAAAUAACACACGCCAGAGGUGAAAACGAUAAGAUUUUAAGAUCGAGGUUUGGAGCUUUGUUGUAGAGUAUACUGGUCUUGUCAUUGGUGUUAAAAAUCUCGCGAAUAACAGGAUGAUUGAAGGGAACUAAAACAAUGAAUGCUUGAAGGAGGACUCAACAGGAUUUUAUGGACUUUGUUCGACCUACCACUUCAAUGCUAAGUAGACGUAAGCCAUUUUUUGACAGCGUACAACUUAAACAAGCUUCACUCAGCUGCUUUUGACUAUGUACAGGUUCACCAAGUUUCAUUUGACUAUGUACAAAUUCAACUAACUUCUUUUUGAAUAUGUAGCUAUUUGCUAAGGCAUGAGUUCAACUUUUUGAUGUAUAUAAAACCAAUCUCUCUUUAAUUAGACAUGCAACUACUUUUGUUGAAUGUAACAAUAACGAAAUGUAUGUAAAUAUCCUAAUAAUAUUUUGCAUAUAUACAAA